AUGGAUUUCAAUUUGUCAGCAUAUUUCAACGCCUUUGACGUGGACAAAGAGUAUACUGUCGAUGUGGCGGAUAUAGACGGCAAACUCGAGAGUGUCACUAACUCUGUAGCCACUAGCCCCGACUGUCUCAACUACAACACUGACUUGUUUGAAGAUGUCAUAGAAUUAAUCCACGGCUAUCCUUCGCUUGAGGGAAAGCACCAGAAACAGCUAGCUUACCUCGUCACUUCCUCCUUCAAUGCUAUAGGUCACCAGUACAAAAGUGUUGUGGAGAGUGGCGACUUUGUAGAUUCUCUUGAUACGUGCAAGGCAUCUCUAGAGAAAUAUGGCUACUUGACAUUUGUACUAGCUAAGCAUUUAAGCAAAGAAGACCAUACGCGUGUUAUUGGAAAGGGUAAAACAGCUGCGGGAACUCUUGCUCUUGCCAAAUGGAAGUCCAACUGCGUCCAAGUCGAAGACUUUCUUACCUCAGUUGUCACAGUUUUAGAUACAGACUUACUGAAGGUAUUUGUCACUACGCCUGAAAGAGACUUGUUUGUAGAAUUGUUCACCAGACCCAUUAUGAACUUGAUGGAAAGCCCGGAAAGAAUGAAAGUAGUCUCUAUCAAGUUGCUCCUCUUCAGAGCCAUCUCGCUAGCAGUCAAGUUCCAUGGUCAUUCCGUCAUCAUUCAGCAUUCAAUUAUCCAGUGUCUUACCUACUACGUUCACUUACCUAAUUAUAUGGCAGAGUUGCUUCACAUAUUAUCGGAAGAGUACGACUAUAUGGUGCUUACAGAAGAAGUUCUUCGUGAAAUUUCACAGACCCAGUUCAACUCCAAUGAUACCAAUGGACCAAGGGCAGUGUCUGAUUUCUUGAUUAAACUCUCAGAACUCAGUCCCAGAUUGAUUUUGAAGCAAAUGUCUUGCACAGCACAGCUAUUGGACAACAGUAAUCAGACGUUGAGAUGCUCUGUAGUCGAAGCGUGUGGCAAUAUUGUAGUUGACAUCAUCAAAAGCAGUGCAGAGUUGGAGGACGAAGAUGGCCACAACGGUUCUCAGCAAGUGGAUGGUCUUUUGGAUCUUCUCCAAGAACGAUUCUUGGAUCAAAACCCCUAUGUUAGAACGAAAGCUUUCCAGGCCAUGACUAAGAUUGUAGGUUUGAAAACCAAAUUGACCGAACGAAGACAACUUUUAAUCAUGCUUGCAGUGCGGUCGCUCGAUGAUAGAAGUACGUUGGUGAGAAGAAACGCCAUUAAAUUGAUAUCACAGUUGGUCCUCACCCAUCAGUUUACUGCUGCUCAUGGCUCUCAAUUGGAGUACACAUUCUGGAAAGCUCGUUUGGAUGAAGCGGAAGCAGAGUUGGAGAGUUACUUGCCGUUAUCACCGCAGAAGAGCAAGAAAAAGGUCCUUGCAGACGAUAUGGAAGCUACUGAAGGAGUUGAUGAACCUGUAGAGAACGAAGAAGACGACUUUGAGGCUGAAUCGAGUGUGGACCACGACGAACUCAAUGUUUCCAUGAUAGAACAGGAACAAAACCUACCUGAUAGAAAUGUUCUUUUGAGAGCAAAGUUGAAAGUUGGUUAUUACAAGGAUGCCGUCGAUUUCAUCGAAGCAAUUCAACACGGAACCGAAGCUGUGUCGCGAUUGUUAUUCUCCAGGAACAGGAAUGAAGCUAUAGAUUCCAUGAACUUCUUGGUUCUUGUAGACGCGUAUGGAAUUGAGAAUUCUGGUGAUGGAAUUCGCCGUAUGCUUCAUUUGGUGUGGCUGAAAGGCUCAUCAGAUGAAGGGAAAUCUGUUCCAUCUCAUUUGAUUGACUGUUACAAAGAUUUAUAUUUGACUGCUCCAGCAAGUGCUAACAAGGUGGAAAAAGCAGCCUAUAUUGCGAAGAACUUGAUAAGUUUGACAUUUCAAGCUUCUGUAGCAGAUUUAGCAUCCUUGGAGAAAUUGCUAGGCAUGAUGUAUUUGGACAAGUUGAUCAGUCCCGAAGUGAUCCGUAUUUUAUGGCAAAUCUAUAAUUAUGAUGGCUCGGAUGAAACUCCUGAGCCCAGCACAGAACUGCGUCGUGGUUCAAUCAUUAUUUUGGGUAUGCUCGCUCUCGAAGAUCAUCAGAUUGUUGUCAGAGGCUUGGAUACCCUUUUGAAUAUUGGACUUGGCCAAAAAGGAAAAGACGAUUUAAUUUUGGCAAAGUAUACUUGUGUUGCAUUACAAAGAAUUAUUCCUCAUUCGAGUAAAAAAAGUACAACCAAUGUGAGAAUUGCAAGAGAAGAAGAAUUUAUUGCGAAGUUAAAAGAAGUGAUUUUAUCAUACAAUGAAGAAUCAGAAUGGUAUAGUGUAGCUGAACAAGCCAUUGGUGCUAUAUUUCAAACAGCUGCACAACCUGAAGAUGUAUGUUCUGAAAUUAUCAAACAAAAAGCUAUAGGUGUGUUCAAAGAGGUAAAUGCUGGCGAGUCAAAGGUGAUUGCCUUGUCUCAACUUUUGUUCGUUGUUGGACACGUCGCAAUCAAAACCAUUGUUCACUUGGAAAAGUUAGAGGCUCAAUUUAAGAAAAAGAAGCACGACGCUGAAGGUAAGAAAACGAAUGCCAACAAUGCCAAUGACGAAGAAGAGAAUGGAAAUGAAUUGGAAAUGAUUGGCGGUACCUCUGAAGAUGAUUUUGCUGAUGCUGUGGCACAUGUCAAAGAAAGGGAGCUUCUCUAUGGAGAGAAUUCUUUGCUUUCUCGAUUUGGACCAUUAGUAAAGGAAAUUUGUGCCAACAACAAGAACUACGAGAAUAGAACUUUGCAAAGGUCUGCCGUAUUGUGUAUGUCCAAAUUGAUGUGUGUUUCCUCUGUGUAUUGUGAGGAGAAUUUGCCAUUAUUGAUUACAAUUAUGGAGAAGUCUGACGAUCCUAUUACAAGAUGUAACUGUGUUCUUGCCUUGGGAGAUAUGGCUGUCUGCUUCAACAAUAUCGUCGAUGAAAGUACAGAUUUUAUCUACCGUCGUUUGACUGAUGAAAGUAUGAUGGUACAAAGAACAUGUUUGAUGACGGUGACGUUCUUGAUAUUGGCUGGACAAGUCAAGGUGAAGGGUCAAUUGUCAUCGAUGGCAAAAUGUUUGGAGAAUCCAGAUCAAGGUAUCAGCGACAUGUGUAGAUUAUUCUUUGCCGAGUUGGCUACGAAGGACAAUGCUAUCUACAACGGUUUUAUAGAUAUCUUCAGUGGGUUGUCCAAUGAUGAGACGUUGUCCAAAGAUGCCAUGAAGCGAAUCAUCAAGUUUUUGUUGCAGUUUAUAGAUAAGGAAAGACACCAGAAGCAGUUAACCGAAAAGCUUCUUGUCAGAUUGACCAAAUGCCACGACGAAGCACAAUGGAAUGAUUUGGCAUUUGUGUUAACUACUAUUCCGUAUAAGAACGAGAAGGUGACUGCAGCACUUGAGGAUGGGUUCAAGUUGGUGCUGGCAAGACAAUAG